GAACCAAGUAUCGCAUCCUGUUUUUCUUUUUUUCAACUCUUCGCUAUGUACUCUCACAAGCGUCCUCGUCAAGGUUAAGGCGCGGUCUUUCAUUACACUUCGGCCAACGUACACUGCCAAUGCCACGUCCGGUUUUACUCCUGUACAGAGACGUGCGGAAUAACAAAAUGACUCCAGAGUCUUCGUUUUUUUUUAAAUUUUAUUUUACUACAUCUUAUUGUUGACUUUGCUUUAGGGGGUUACCGUUAAGGAAGAAUUUCUCGUAUAAAAGAGCUCGCAAAUUCAGUACUUUCAGCAGUUGGCUCUACGGCAGCUCUAAAGUCACCAUGAUCCGUGCCUGCGUCCUCUUGGCUCUUGCCACCAGCGCUUUCGCUGGCUACACCGGCUACGGCUUGGGCUAUGGCGGUCUUGGCUAUGGUCUCGGCCACGCGUACGGUGGUCUUGGAUACGGCUACGGUCUGGGCUACGCCAGCUACGCUCCAGCUGUGCACACCGUCGCCCACGCUGCUCCAGCUGUCACUACCGUUGCCCACGCCCCAGUCGCCACCUAUGCCGCUGCUCCAGCCGUGACCAGGGUUGCCGCCUACCACACCGCCCCGGCUGUUGCCACUUAUGCUGCUGCUCCAGCUGUCGCCACCUAUGCUGCUGCUCCAGCCGUGACCAGGGUUGCCGCCUACCACGCCGCCCCGGCUGUUGCCACUUAUGCUGCUGCUCCAGCUGUUGCCACCUACGCUGCCGCUCCAGCCGUGACCAAGGUAGCCACCACCUACCACGCCCCAGCUGUCGCCACCGUGGCUCACGCUCCAGUCGCGACCUACGCCGCUGCUCCAGCCGUGGCCACCUACGCCGCCGCCCCAGCUGUCACUGCCGUCCACCACGCCCCAGCUGUCGCCACUGUCGCCCAUGCUGCCCCAGUUGUUGCCGGUUACCACGCCGCCCCAGUCUACAACUACGGUGUUGGCACCCUUGGCUACGGUGUUGGCCACUACGGUUACGGUCACGGUCUGCUCGGCUAUGGCCUGAACUACGGCUACGGCCUUGGCUCUCCCUACCACUACGGUGCCCUUCUCCGCAAGAAGAAGUGAACCAUUCAUCUGUAACUUAUUUGGAAAAGAAAAGUUGUGGAAAUCUCCGUCAAUCUUGCGCCGUGUUCGACUAUGGACGCAAUGAAAUAAUAAAGUUGUUCAUCACAGCAA